CGCUGCGGCCGCUCAUCAAGUCCCUAUCUAUUUCCUGUAGAGAAACGCGGUAUCUGUGAAGAUGUUCUCAGUUUUAAAGGAGCGGGUUGGAGAUGUCCUGCUACCUGGAGAUGAGUUCUGCUGCGGCCCUCAGGAAACCCUUUCUCUGACUGACAGCGGGAAGCCGGAACGCCUGGUAGCCGGGCCUGGGAUACGGCAGAGCGGCGACCGUUUGCUGGUGAGCCGGAGCGGUGUGCUAAGACACAAAGAGCCAAACAAGUUCUGGAUCGAGUCACAGCAGAGGAGGUACGUCCCAGCUAAAGGAGAGACGGUGAUUGGCAUUGUGACUGCUAAAUCUGGAGAUGUCUUCAAGGUGGACUUUGGAGGAAGCGAGCAGGCAUCUCUGUCCUACCUGGCCUUUGAGGGCGCCACCAAAAGGAACCGACCCAAUGUCCAGGUGGGCGAUCUGGUGUUUGCUCAAUUCGUUGUAGCUAAUAAGGACAUGGAGCCGGAGCUGGUUUGCAUCGACGGAUCGGGCCGGGCCAACGGGAUGGGUGUGUUCGGAGCUGGGGGUCUCCUCAUCAAAGUGUCUCUGGGCCUCGUCAGAAGGCUCUUGGCCCCCCACAGCGACCUGCGGGCCGACCUGGAGAAACUGUUCCCCUGCGAGCUGGUGGUGGGGAUGAACGGCCGGGUCUGGGUCCGGGCAGCGAGCGUCCAGCAGACUCUGAUUGUGGCCAACUUGUUGCAGAGUUGUGACACAAUGACGCCGUCACAGAGGCAGCAGCUGUUCAAGCGGGUCCAGCAAGGGGGGCUCUAGACUCAGGAGCUGAGCAGAUCUUUAUUUUGCUGAUUGGUUCCAGAACGAGCUCCAAAUGGCUCAGCAGGCAGACGGUCAGCCAAUCACAGUCCUGCUAGUGGCUUAAGGUUCAGUGAGUGGAUCAGUUAUGUUGGGACUAGUUUACUGCUCAGUUAACCCUUCAGGACUGCCUGGAUAAAAGGAUCGACCAGCUGUCUGAUUGGAACCUCACAGCAGGUAACCACCGAACAGUGAUCAUUGACUCGUCUCUAUGGCAACACUGACAGGAACCCUCAGAGGAUCUGGUCUCCUGGCAGCAUUCCUUUUUCACUGUAAAAAUGUUUCUAAAUUUGAAAAUAAAGUUUCUAUUUUGAAUUUGGCAUCACGGUUUAUUUAAACUCACUUUGAUGAACAGCCUCUGAGCCUGUAACCAUGGAGAUGAGCAGCCAGAUCUGUGGCGUUCAGAGGCAUUUCUGUUUGAGAUUUCCCAUAGCCGUUUGACAUGAGAAUCCAAAGGAUCAGCUGGUUCUGACUGGGGGGAUCAAAUUGGAUCAGAUCUCCCUUUGUUUGUGUGAAUGAAAUUGGGCGCUGUUCUAGUUGGAAUCUGUAAAAGCAGCUUUAAUCCAUCCGUGGUUCUGCAGCUUGUGUUUGUUUUGGAUCUAAUUGAAUUUUAUUUUAUCCAUUGCUGUUUUUUUUAGACUCAAAUGACACACAUUGAAUAAAAUCUUUUUGUUA